ACUACCCACCAUUAUCUCUAAUCCAUCUAUUGAAUUCAGAAAUGGCAUCAAAGGUUGAAGCUUUGUGUUGCAGCUCUCUCUCAUCACUCUCUGUUUUGCUUCUACUGCUUUUUGUAUCAGGUCAAAAAUUGCAUUUGGUGCAAGGGGAGAAAACUUGGUGUGUGGCUAAGCCUUCAGCAGAUGAUGCAACUCUGUUGGCAAAUCUAAAUUAUGCUUGUUCACAGGUUGAUUGCAGUGUUUUGCAAAAAUCCUGCUCUUGUUUCUACCCAGAUAAUCUCAUUUCUCAUGCUUCCAUUGUCAUGAAUCUUUACUACCAAUGCAAAGGAAGGAACAAUUGGAAUUGCUAUUUCAACAACUCCGCACUCAUUGUUAUUACUGAUCCAAGUUAUGGAAACUGUGCUUAUGCAUGAUGUACCAGUAUCUUCAAUUAACAGAGCCAAUGUAGUUAUUUUCCUUCAGAUGAAUUGGAAGUGAAUUAUGAAAAUAAAAAUCUUUG